ACUCACCACUAGGGUGUAGUUAAACUUCAUCCUUCCACCGGCCUCCAUCAUUUGUUGUCUUUCGCUUAAGAUGGUUAAACUACUGGAGGUAUUGGGCAUUAAUUACGCCGGUUGACGCAGCUGGACGUUAUCACCGUCCACUCGAAACACCUUCUGCUUGUUGCCUGGCGACGCCCCUUCGCCUGCUACGGCUUCUCUCACGUCAGCUAACGGGCGGGCUAGUCGGAAAUAUGGGCAGCUUCAUGGAUUACGCCUUCCCAGCUGGAGAUGAAAGCGACGCCAGCAAUGAAGAGUGGGAUCUCGGUUGCUGUUUGGAUAAAAACUCUUCUCGCAUCAAGGCUCAGGAUGCUGUUGUACCACACACAGAAGAUAAUGUGUCAGUGUUGAAAAGAGCCAUCAGUAAUGGAGACACUGGGACUGUGGAACAGCUGUUGGAUAGUGGCAUGGACGUGGAGACCAGGCUUGGCUUUGAAUGGACUCCUCUCAUGUGUGCUGUCAAUGUGGCUAAUUACGACCUGGCCAAACUGCUACUGGACCGAGGGGCCAGAGCCAACUUCAGCAAAGAUCAUUGGACCGUGCUCAUGGCCAGCUGCACGGCGUCUGCCAGUGAAGACAGAAUUGCUCGCUGUGUGGAGCUUCUGCUGUCCAGAAAUGCUGAUCCCAACAUGGCGGACAGGUCACAGAUGACCUGCCUGAUGCUGGCAGCCAGAGACGGCUACAGUAAGGUCAUCAACCUGCUGUUGUCCCAUGGAGCAGACAUCAAUGUUCAGGAUGGCAACGGAUACACAGCUUUGUCUACAGCAGUGCAGUAUGGCAGAGAGGAGGCAGUGCUGAAGCUCCUCCAGCUAGGAGCAGACAAAACCAUAAGGACCAAGGAUGGAAAAAGCCCAGCUGACCUGGCAGCGAUCUUCAAACACACACAGAUAACAAGGAUCCUGGCCUCUUCAUCCCACAUCUCCACUGUGCAGGCCUCCGUGGAGGAGACCUUGUCUAAGUUCUUCAAGACCAACUCUGAACCUCCAUCUUCCAAGGAAAGUGCACCCAAGCUUGACGACCUGGAGCUCCUCCUGCACGGCCUCGAUCUCAGCUACCUCACUGACAUCAUGACUGAAAAUGACAUCACCUGGAACUACCUGUUGACCAUGGAGAAGGACGACCUGGAGAAGAUUGGGAUCACAGACCCGGAGCAUCAGCAGAAGCUGCUGAGUGCUAUGCAACAGAUGCACCUGGACAAAGUGGACCUGGACACCAUCAGCCAACUGGGAGCUACAGCCAAUGGGAGUGAGGAGCUGCAUAACUUCCUGAUAGGUGUGCGACAGCAGUGCUGCUACCUGACAGAGACAAUUCAUGAUGUCAUCAACCGUUUUCCUCGCCAAGCCUCUCAGCUGGUCUUCUCCCUGGACCCGAAGAAGGAGGCCCAGGUCGUCUGCAACCAGCUGGUGAUCCAGACUAAAGAUCUGCAGAAGGAAGUCACCUGCCUUCGCAAUCUGAUAUGCCAGAUGGACGAAGCCGGAGAUUGCUGUCGGCUUCCCAGACCUGGUUCCCACGGCAACCGGAAGAUGCGGUACCUGACCGGAGCGGCGCUUGGAGCCACGUUCCUCUUGCUCCUCUACAAAGCUGCUUGCGGGAAGGUUUACCUGCAUACGUACAGGAAUGUUUGCUAAUCACCAGCAGUUAAUGCGCUCAUCGUAAUAUUUUGUGUUUUGAUGACUGUAGGUGAGAAAUUAGAUUAUGAUUAUGAUUAUAAAAUGGUUGAUAUGUUUUAGGACAGUGUUCGACAAGACAGGUAAUUUUUUUAUUUUUGCUGCAGCGUUUUGUUUCCCAGUUUGCUCUGACUUGUCUCCAAGUUUAGUUCUUAAUUAUUUUUUUAAGUUAAUUUAUGUUUUAAGGGUUUAAGUGGAAAUUAAAGGUUUGUUUUGAGGAGCA